AUGGCUAAAUUGGCGGCACUUCGGCUCGUCAGCCUUCUAUGCCUUGCGGCUGCGCAGGCCUCUGCUGCUGUGCUUGUGGAAAGCAUCAAACAAGUGCCUCACGGGUGGACUUCAACCUCAGUCCCAGACCCUUCGUCAUCGAUUGUCUUGCAGAUCGUCCUCGCGCAACAGAAUAUUGAUGAAUUGGAGUGGCGACUCGCGGCUGUUUCCACGCCCGACUCUCCUGAUUACGGCAAAUACCUGGAUAUUGACGAUAUUAACAAACUUUUCGCCCCAAGCAACGCUUCCUAUGCAGCCGUGGAAUCGUGGCUCAAGUCCCAUGGUGUGCCGACCUAUACCAGGCAAGCUGGCAGUAUUUGGUUCUACACUACUGUCUCUACUGCAAACAAAUUGCUUAGCACAGACUUCAAGACUUAUAGCGAUCCUGGUGGCAUCGAGAAGCUGCGUACUCUCCAAUACUCGCUCCCAGAAGAACUAGUCGGCCAUGUCGAUCUCAUCUCGCCUACAACAUAUUUUGGAAACAACCGAGUCCCGAAUGUGAAGAGACCUAAGAAGAGGGCGGUCGUUUCUGGAGCAGACCAUCGUGCCGGGCGGCUAAGCUCUACUGACUGCAAUGUAACAAUCACCCACAAGGACCAACCGUACCAAAUCUUCCACCCAGACUGCCUUAGAGCGAAAUACGGUGUUGAGGGCUAUACCCCAUCUCCAAAAUGUGGCAGCCGGAUUGGUUUCGGUUCAUUCCUCAACGAAACUGCAAGUUUCUCAGAUCUUGCGCGGUUUGAGACGUAUUUUGACCUUCCCAACCAAGGUCUCACCACCCAUUUGAUCAACGGAGCAACCGACGUUCAGCCACCUUCCAACAAAAACGACAGCGAGGCUAACAUGGACGUUCAGACCAUGUUGACCUUUGUCCACCCUCUCCCUAUUACCGAGUUUGUUGUUGCCGGAAUCCCGCCGUAUAUUCCUGAUCCAGCUUUGCCGAUUGGCGACCCUGUCCAAAAUGAGCCGUGGCUGGAAUACUAUGAGUUUUUGAUGUCCAAGGCCAACGCAGAGCUUCCUCAAGUCAUUGCAAACUCAUACGGUGACGAGGAACAAACAGUCCCACAGGCAUAUGCCAUCCGAGUAUGCAACCAAAUUGGGCUGAUGGGUCUUCGUGGUAUAUCUGUUAUCGCAUCAUCAGGCGACACAGGUGUUGGAAUGUCUUGUAUGGCUUCGAACAGCACUACUCCUAAGUUUAACCCCAUGUUCCCGGCUUCGUGUCCCUACAUCACCACUGUCGGUGGAACUCAGCACCUUGAUAAGGAGAUUGCUUGGGAGCUCUCAUCCGGAGGCUUCAGCAACUACUUCCCAAGGCCGUGGUAUCAAGAAAACGCAGUUAGAACAUAUCUUGACCGAUGUGUCAGCAACGAAACCAAGGUUUAUUACGAACGUUACGCCAAUUUCCUGGGACGCGGCUUUCCCGACGUCGCAGCACUUAGUCUCAACCCCGAUUAUCCAGUGAUUAUUGGCGGAGAACUUGGUCCCAAUGGAGGCACUUCUGCGGCCGCACCCGUCGUCGCUAGCAUCAUUGCACUCUUGAACGAUGCACGCCUUUGCGCGGGCAAACCUGCUCUUGGCUUUUUGAACCCUCUAAUCUAUCAAUAUGCUGAUAAGGGUGGCUUCACGGAUAUCACGUCCGGCCAGUCUUGGGGCUGUGGCGGAAAUACCACUCAGACGGGGCCUCCUCCCCCUGGAGCUGGCCUCAUUCCAGGGGCACACUGGAAUGCAACCAAGGGAUGGGACCCUACAACAGGAUUUGGAACCCCGAACUUCAAGAAAUUACUCUCACUGGCUCUGUCUAUCUAA